AUGCCGGGACGGGUCGUUUUUGUCGCUGCGGUAGCGAACAAAAAAGCCGAGAAAGGAGGGCUCGUCGGGCAUCGCCGUGGCAAGGCGAUUGAGCUCGCGCGCGAAGUACAGCUGGUCGCCGUGCUCCCAAACGUACGGGGCCUUCAGCGUGAGCGUGUUCAACUCCUCUUCCGAAAGCAUGGGGUUGAGAUCGAUUUAUGGGCUGCACGUAUUUAUGAAAUGGAACACAAAGUAAUAAGGAUCAAUUGUGUAAGAAGCCGAACACGUAACGCACCCUAG